AUGUUGAAGAAACAGUCCUUUAUUCCAGAGCGAUACUCAGAAUUCAACAGAGUGCCAAUUUCACCACCUAUAGAAUAUGAACAGCAUGUUUUGCUUGAGACACAGUCAAAAAAUCUUCCAGUGUGUGGUAAACUAUGCCACAUGGAAAAGGAAUGUCGUUUCUUCAACUUUGACAUCAUCCAGAAAAAAUGUAGUAUGUUCUCCUUAAUGCAUACAACAUCCACAACAUUUUCUGCCGAAAUGACGCCAUUUUUUUUCAACAAAGGUAAAUAUACGUCUCUUGGUUACCGUCAAAUUCAACACGGAAGGUUCAUGUAUAAAGUGAACGAAGUCAGUAUGAAUCAGGAGAGUGCUUCCAAGGAGUGUAUGCAGCAACGUUCAUGGCUGAUCAAGAUCGACUCCGAAUCCGCCAUGUUGAGUCUACAGAAUGUCAUCGCCGGAAACGUUAGACUGGACCAGACAGUCUGUUCGGAAUACCUUGUGUCAGGACUCUAUGGCUUGGAUGAUUCGGCUUUAGAUGCAUCAUCUUCAAAGCCUUCAGGUUCGGUUUCCGAGAGAAGUCACUGGAAUUGGGUCAAGACAUAUUACAUUUCGUACAGCAUUGAUGGCAACACAUGGACUGUAGUGACUUCACAAAACAACCAACCGAAGAUAUUUACCGGAAACUAUGAUCGCAAUACCUUGGUGAAAUCGAACCUUGUUCCAAAUAUCACUGCGCGGUACAUUCGAAUCAAUCCCCAAAGUUACAAUAAACACAAUUGUCUUCGAUUUGACCUUAGCGGUUGCUACAAAGUUGAAGAAACAGAGCGAUACUCAGAAUUCAACAGAGUGCCAAUUUUACCACCUAUAGAAUAUGAACAGCAUGUUUUGCUUGAGACACAGUCAAAAAACCUCCCAGCGUGUGGUAAACUAUGCCACAUGGACAAGGAAUGUCGUUUCUUCAACUUUGACAUGAUCCAGAAAAAAUGUAAUAUGUUCUCCUCAAUGCAUACAACAUACACAACAUUUUCUGCCGAAAUGACGCCAUUUUUUGUCAACAAAGGUAAAUAUACGUCUCUUGGUUACCGUCAAAUUCAACAAGGAAGGUUCAUGUAUAAAGUGAACGAAGUCAGUAUGAAUCAGGAGAGUGCUUCAAAGGAGUGUAUGCAGCAACGUUCAUGGCUGAUCAAGAUCGACUCCGCAUCCGACAUGUUGAGUCUACAGAAUGUCAUCACCGGAAACAUUACACUGGAACUUGGCUACUCUCACUUGUUUGUGUCCGGUAGGUAUUUGUCAAUGAAAUGGCAGCACAAAGACGGCUCAACGAUUAACAGCUCCCUCUGGUCGCCAGGAAACCCUUACCCAGGUCAAGGUCACUGUGUGGUGAUGACACCGACUGGCCUUGUCAGCGCUAAUUGUUUGGAGAAACAUUUCUCUGUUUGUGGUUUUUAG